ACUGUCCUCAGCCUCAGUCCCUCUGAUAAAAGAAGGGGGUCCCAGCAGCGUGCAGGCACCUCAUGGGGCCAUUACUUAUCUUCUCUUGAAAUCAGGAAUCAGGUGUCAGAAGUGCCCUCACAUGCCCACUACCAUGUCCCUAACUCCAGAUGUGGGUCAGAAAGAGGGACUAGGCCCCCAGGGGCCCAAGAAAAGUUUUGUUAGUUCCUCCGACUGUGGGAUGGCCCAGGGCUGGGGCAGACCCAGUCCAGGGGAGGGGGAGCAGCCCCCAGGAUGGGCCACCCCCACAGUAGACACAGGGAACACUCCCAGGGGCCCAGCCCCCUUUCCCCAGCCAAGCACUGGGCAAGUGUGCUUUCACCAGCUGAGAAUCAGUAGGACAGGCUGGCCACCACCAGACACCUCCACAGCCAGAGCCAAACCGGCACCCGGGAUGAAAAUAGCUGUCAGAUGACUAGAGGGCUGGCUCACCACCGUCCAAGCAAGCUGCUCAAAGCAGCUGCAGCUAAAAAUAGGCCAGAAGGGGACUGUCUUUGGAGAAGCACAGGGGAGAGCUCUGUCCUGCUUGUGGCCAACACGGGCAGGCACAAUGUGGUCGCUACGCUUCAUUUCUGCUGAGGCUCUGGUGUCCCACCCCCAGAUGGUCCAGCAUAGUCUGGGCGGGGUGGCCCACAACAUCUACCCAUUGCUGUUCAAAGCCAGCUAUCUGCUGGAGCAGCCAGAGGUGGUCCGUGCUCUGCUGGAACACUGGCCGCUGGAAGAGUUCCGGCUGGGUGCUCUGCUGGGGCCCAGCACAGAGCACCCCGGGGACCUGCGGGACCGGGCCUGCAGGGCCUGCCUGGAGGCCUGUGUGCGGGGCCUCGCGGACCACGUGCUCCGGGGCAAGGGCCGCAGGCGGCUGCGGCUGGCGGACCUCACUGGCAUCCGAGACGUACAGGUGCAGCAGUGCCCCUGCGGGAGGGCGCUGGGCAGGUGGGGCCGCACGGAACUGCUGGCCAGGGUCUGCUGCGAGCUUCAGGCGGAGCACCAUGCAGCCUGGAGCCCGGUUGAGGUCCUUGCUGACCUCUUUGUCACCGGGGGUAACUUUGAGAUGGUGGUGCAGGCCCUGGGGCCCCCAGGCCAUUCCCCACUGCGGGUGCGCUGCAUCUCCUUCCGGGCGGACAGCCUGGGCCCCAGCCAGCUGCUGCAGGUGCUGUGUCUGGCUGGGCCUAGCGAGCUGCGCCGGCUUGAGGUGGUGCACAACGUGCGGCUGCACGCCGGCCACGUGCAGCAGCUGCUGGCCCAGGUGGGCUUCCCCCGGCUGGUCUCACUCACCCUGCCCGCCAAGGCCUUCGACACACCCCCUGCCAGCACUCCAGCCCCAGACGGCAAGGAUGCCCUGCUCACCUCCAUUGCCAGGGAGCUCAGCCGGAUGAUGCAGCUCACUGAGCUGAGCGUGGCCUUCUCCACACUGACCGGGAAAAUCCAGAACCUGCUCGGCCCCCUGAGGACCCCGCUGAGAGUGCUGGACCUGGCCAACUGCUCCCUGAACCAUGCGGACAUGGCCUUCUUGGCAGACUGCAUCCACGCGGCCCACCUGGAGGUGCUGGACCUCAGCGGCCACAGCCUGCUGGACCUGUUCCCCUCGUCCUUCUUCCGGCUGCUGGGCCACGCCGCCCCAACACUGAGGGCCCUCACCCUGGAGGAGUGCAGCAUCACAGACCGCCAUGUGAGCACGCUGAUCCUGGCCCUGAGCCCCUGCCAACGGCUGCGUGAGCUCCGGUUCUUGGGGAACCCACUGUCGGCCCGUGCCCUCAAGCGCCUUUUUGCAGCUCUCUGUGAGCUCCCCAGGCUGCAGUGUGUGGAGUUUCCAGUGCCCAAGGACUGCUACCCCGAGGGCAGCGCCUACCCGCAAGACGAGCUGGCCAUGACCAAAUUUGACCAGCAGAAAUAUGACGUGAUCGCCGAGGACCUGCGUGCGGUGCUGCUGCGGAACGGCCGGGGCGACAUCCAGGUCUCCACGCCCCUCUUCGGAAGUUUCGACCCAGACAUUCAAGAAACCAGCAAUGAACUUGGAGCUUUCCUGCUGCAAGCUUUCAAAACUGCUCUGGAAAAGUUUUCCAGAGCACUGAAGCAAAUGGAGUAGGCCCUGGAUGGCCCAAGGCAGGGCUGCUACGUGGCUGGUGCCCUGGGCUCGGCCAGACCACCAGCAUCCCAAGCAUCUCUUGUGAAAGCUGCGAGGCGUCCUUUAGGCACUGUCCGAGCAGGAUCCUGCCCUCCAGGAGCGGUGGCGGCGACUGUGGGGUGUCCGAGCGCAGUGCGGUCCUGGAGCGGGAAGCUCCGGGGGCGACCACCGCAGCGGUGACAGCAGAGGAGCACCCGACCCCGCGGGCAUGGCCAGCCUGGUCCCCAUGUGCCUGGACUUCAGUCCUUGUGCGGUGUAGAUGAGAGGACACUUCACGGACACAGGAUGACAGCAAGCAGCUGAGGCGAGUAAAAGCGAGCUGCAAGGUGGGUCCCUUGAGGCAGUGGCUGGCUCCAGGGGUGCAGGGAGCCCGCAGGGCCGCCCCCAAACUCCAGUCCAGCGAGGAUGUGGGCUUUGAUCGUUUAUGGCUCUGUCCCUGCUCUCUGCCGGUGGGUGGCAGGCCUGGGCUCUGCUGGUGCCAGGCGGAGCCCCCAGCACAGGGCAGCCUCUGACUCGCACUCGAGACUGCGAUGUCCCAUCAGCUACUGCUCCCACUCCCACCUCCACAGACUCUAGGCCGGGGUGGGUGUGGGGCUCAGACUCCUCUGGGCAGUUGUCUGAGUCCUGGCGCUUGAGGAGUGGUUAAUUCCAAAGUCUGGACUUGGUUUCUACCAAGAUCUGAUUUGUGCAAAGGGCUGAGUAUUAGAGUAAUUAAAUACUAAUAAAACAGAAGUGUGG